AUGUGGCAUGCGAAAGUGACAGUAUUACAACUGCUGCUGCUGCUGCUGCUCGUGGCGGCGACAGGAGGACAGUGCCGAAUGUUUCGCACCGGAUUUAAUGGUGCACACAGUAAUGCUGAAAGCUCCGCGACAGUGGGUAGCCUCCGUCGCACCGUAGCACCCACCGACGCCGUCAUCUUGCGGGGUGAACUUGUUGCUGUGGUCAGCCAUAACGAUGGAACGCAGCAAUGGGCCAUUCGUAAUGGUGACGGCGUCAUGACACCUAUCGCCCGAGACUUUGAGCCGCCCAAAGCGGACGUCAAUGGCCGGGAUAUGCAGCUGGGCGCUGUGGUGAAAAUUGCGUGCUACAAGGACGCCGCUGGCGUGUGCUACCCAGUUUCGAACACCAGCAUUUCAGUCAUUCCUUCAAGGUCCAUGCUUUUGACAGCGGACACCGACCCGGUUUACCAGCGCUUGCUGGUUAUGAUUAUGGAUUACUCACUAUGUGGUUUUCCAUCUACAAUUACGGAAGCCGAGGCGCGCGCUAUUUUUCUGGGCCCGGAUGGAGACGGCAGCGGUGGAGUCGCGCAAAAGUACACCCAGUGCUCGUACGGGAAGUUCAGCCUGAAUGUGACAGCUUUCCGGGUCGUCACCGUGAAGAAGAGCUGCACAGCCACCACCGUAUCUUAUUGCAGCUGGUGGACUAUGUCCCUUGAUGGCGACACCGGUGCAGAGGCGAUUUUAGGGCAGGAGGCGUUUUCUGACGUGACCCAUUUCGCUUACAUCGUACCGCCUCGUGUGCGUUGCCCUUGGGGGGGCCUGUCAAUGGUACCGGGGAGGCAGAUCUGGCUGGCGACUUCGGAUUACGGCGUGCGGCGCUGGGCCACCAUCAUGCAGGAGACGCUUCACAACUACGGUCUUUCGCACUCCUGGCAAAACGGCAUCAUGUACGGAGACAAUUCAACUGCCAUGGGCCAUGGAGAUGUCUGCCCCAACGCCGCCGAGAUUUCUCGUAUGGGCUGGGCUACACCUGCUGCACCGGGGGGCGACCGUAUCGACUCCAGCGCCUUGCCACUCGGCAGCGUCCUCAGCUUCACCCUGCCAGCCACCUACCUGACCUCAGAGGGAAACUACCUCCGAGUGGUUCCGGACUGGCUGCCUACGUACACUACUGCCUCCUUGGCCAAGAACCUCUACAUUGCAGUACGCGUGAACAAGAGUGGAGAUGAAUUGUUAGGCUCCUUCUAUGCGAAUAAUUUGAAUAUUCACGAAGUGAAUGCAACCAUGGACAACGGCUACCCAGACACUUGGGCAAACAGUGACCGCAAGACAACGUUCAUCGCUGCUAUCGAGCCAAAUAGCCAGAGAGACCUUACUGACUACAAACUCUCAGUGUACGGCGGAUCCUGGGUAAGCACGGACAUCCUACGGGUGUACCUCUGCCGCUAUCAGUCCUCAGCCGCCGAAUGCCCCACCCUGGAGUACCUUGAAACACGCCGGGCCUUUGGCACCCAAGCUGGUCAACCCGUCUCCCAGACAACUGCUUACCUCCAGCAGUUCUUGUAG